CGUUGUUUACAGAUAACAACAGACAUUUGCUUUAAUUAUCCACUAAACGACGGGAAAGCCCAUCGAUUAGCCCAAACGAAAUAUCAUUGGGUGUGGGCCAAGAAAUCAACACGUGUCAUAUUCUUGUUCGAUACGCGGUAAGGUUCUCGAUUAAGUCGGCAACCGGUUCUAUAUAAUGAGUCCCCAUGAGAACGCUUCUUCAUCAACCUACACAGAAACUUUCUCUCAUCAAUUUCGAAGUCUUUCUUUUCUUUCUCUCAAGAUGCAGAUCUUUGUGAAAACUCUUACCGGAAAAACUAUCACCCUUGAGGUGGAAAGCUCCGACACCAUCGAUAAUGUCAAGGCCAAGAUCCAAGACAAGGAGGGUAUCCCUCCAGACCAGCAAAGGCUGAUCUUUGCUGGCAAGCAGCUUGAAGAUGGUCGCACCCUUGCUGAUUACAACAUUCAGAAAGAGUCCACUCUUCAUUUGGUGCUCCGUCUCCGUGGUGGCAUGCAAAUCUUUGUCAAAACCCUUACUGGAAAAACCAUCACCUUGGAGGUCGAAAGCUCCGACACAAUUGACAACGUCAAGGCCAAGAUUCAAGACAAGGAAGGUAUCCCACCAGACCAGCAGAGAUUGAUUUUCGCUGGCAAGCAGCUUGAGGACGGCCGUACUCUUGCCGAUUACAACAUCCAGAAAGAAUCCACCCUUCACUUGGUACUCCGUCUCCGUGGUGGUAUGCAAAUUUUUGUUAAGACACUCACCGGGAAAACCAUCACCCUUGAGGUGGAAAACUCAGAUACCAUUGACAAUGUCAAGGCCAAGAUUCAGGACAAGGAGGGUAUUCCCCCAGACCAGCAGAGGUUGAUCUUCGCUGGUAAGCAACUCGAGGAUGGCCGGACCCUUGCCGAUUAUAACAUUCAGAAAGAAUCCACCCUUCACUUGGUUCUCCGUCUCCGUGGUGGCAUGCAAAUUUUUGUGAAGACCCUUACCGGGAAAACCAUUACUUUGGAAGUCGAAAGUUCCGAUACUAUUGACAAUGUGAAAGCUAAGAUCCAGGACAAGGAGGGUAUCCCGCCUGACCAGCAAAGGCUCAUUUUUGCUGGCAAGCAGCUCGAGGAUGGACGAACCUUGGCCGACUAUAACAUCCAGAAGGAGUCGACCCUUCACUUGGUGUUGCGUCUCCGUGGUGGGAUGCAAAUCUUUGUGAAGACCUUGACUGGGAAAACCAUCACCCUUGAAGUUGAAAGCUCGGAUACCAUCGACAAUGUUAAGGCGAAGAUCCAAGAUAAGGAGGGUAUCCCCCCAGACCAGCAGCGGUUGAUCUUUGCUGGCAAGCAGCUUGAGGACGGGAGGACCCUUGCUGACUACAACAUCCAGAAGGAGUCCACUCUACACUUGGUACUGCGUCUGCGUGGGGGCAUGCAAAUUUUUGUCAAGACCUUGACUGGGAAGACUAUUACCUUGGAGGUUGAGAGCUCAGACACAAUUGAUAAUGUGAAGGCCAAGAUUCAGGACAAGGAGGGCAUUCCUCCAGACCAGCAGAGGCUUAUUUUCGCUGGUAAGCAGCUGGAGGAUGGGAGGACCCUGGCGGACUACAAUAUCCAGAAGGAGUCUACCCUGCACCUUGUCCUUCGUCUCCGAGGUGGAUUUUAAGUCGUUGGUUAUGGUGAUUUGUGGUCCAAUUUGCUCGUUUUUCCGUCAUCUUUGUUUCGUGUUGGCUCGUUUAGUCUGGUUGCCAUUAGUGACCUUUAAAUAAAUUGGAAAAACUGUGUGUGCUUUUAGUAAUUGUUUUUUAUGGUUUCGUACAAUUUGAAGCGGCUAAUAUGCCAUUAUGAACAUUCUAUUAUGUAAA